AUGGCGACCUCCAUGGAACAGGCCUCGAACGUUGGUGACACUCCGAAACUCUACCAACUUAUCCGCCACGUUAGUGGUAAGCCUUCUACACUGAGUGACUCCGUUCACGACGUGAAUGGCGGCUUUGUUGCUGACAACUCGGCCAAAGUCGAGCAAUGGCGUGAGCACUUCGAGCACCAUCUCAACGUUGAUACCCAAACCACUUCGCCCUUGCUCUCCUCUGCAGCAGAGUUUCCUCCCUCUCCAAUCUAUGCAGUGCCAUGCGACCCCCCUUCUGAAGGAGAGGCUACGCAACAACAAGGCACCCGGAGAGGACUGUAUACCCGCUGCAAUCUACAAGUCUUGUGUCGACACUGGCGCCCUAGCUCCAUGAAGAACGAGGUUGUUCCUUAUGACUGGGGCUUAGGCAUCCUUGUACCUAUCCUCAAGAAGGGAGAUAAGACGAGAUGCAAGAACUACCUCGGCAUAAGCCUCAUCGACGUUGCUGCGAAGAUCUUCGUUAUUGUCCUUCUCAAGCGAUUCCAGACUGUUCGUGACUCUAGGACGAGGCCCAACCACGCCGAAUUCCGUGCUGGAUGUGGAUGUGCGGACCAAGCACUCACACCGAAGCGCUUUCUCGAAUUUCACCAUAGCUACCAGUAA